CGCCUAAGAGUGUUCAUAGUUUCAUUUGAAAAUAAAAACCAAAAUGAUUUGUCUGAACAUUCUAUGCUUCUUUGGGAUUGGAAUUACAGUGGCGUUUGGUCAAAUCUUUGAAAUACAAGUUCAACAAAGGUCCCUUUAUCCAGCUAUUGCCAGCCAGAACUAUACUUUGGUGUGCAACAUUUUACCUCAGAAAAUCGCAAACGAUAGCUCAGUAGUCUGGAGGUUUUCUAAUGGUUCUACAGUACCCGAAAAUGAGGAGUUUCAUUCAGAGGGUCAUUAUAGACAAUUUCUAGUAAUAAGAAACGUCAAACAGUCAUAUACAGGCUUAAAAUUGGUUUGUGUAACAAGGGACCGCGAUAGGUCCACGGUCGAAAGUAAAAAUUACACCUUAACUGUUAUUGCUGGCCCUGAGAUUCAAUUCGCAGAAGAAACAAUUUAUUCCCAAUCAGGAAAACCCUUUCAUAAGGAGUGUCGGGCAAUGGGUUUUCCUUACCCAGUAGUACGAUGGUACCAGGAGGCCGGCCAAGAGGCGUCCCAGAUUACUCUUGCUGACCACCACUCCAUGCUGUUUGUUAAUGAGGUGGGUCCCGAGCUUCGGUUCACCUGUCACGCCACUGUGACUCACGGAAGCCUUCAAUUGACCAUCUACAAAACAUUCACCCUCAAGUCUUACGAUGUCGAAAACUCCAAAGUCGACGAUUUCUUUUUGAACGAUACUGACUACAAAUAUACAAUGUUUCUACUGAACCUUUUGGAUUUCUGUCUAAUGAUAUUGGCCUUGGCAAUAGCAGCUAUUCUCUGGAAAUGGUGGGGAAAUGGUAAACGUUUGAAAGAACAUAUCAAACAAAAUUCAAUAAAGCUAGAAGAACUUAAGCCUGAAAAAGAAGCAAAGUUGAUUAAAGCUUCUAGAGCUAUGAAACGAUCAAAGAAAGAAUGCCGUAAGUCUCUGCAGUAUCAACAUUUUGAUGAUGAAAAGCCGCUCCAUUUUCUCUAUGACGAAAUACCGGAAGUUCGUGUACCUACAUUGCCGAAAAAAAAGAAUAGUCUGAUGAACAUGAAAAACAGCUACAAAAUCAUUCCAAAGGCCAUAUGUAAAAAGCAAAAGUAUAGAUUUAAUGACGCUAAAAGGAAAACAUUGACAGCACCACCAACUCUAGAUCCACAGGAGUAUUCGGGGUUAAAGGAACGGACAUCAGGUCCAAACGUUUAUGACGACAUGAAUGGUCCAACAACAAAGAACAUGUCCACAUUUGAAAGUGCUGAUUCUAGGUUAAAAUCUUCCAACAGCAGUUCUUAUUUGGAAAUCCUAGCGGAUGUAGACAAGCAACAGACAGAUAGCGUCAUCUACAGUGAAGUAAAGAGAGAGACGGCUGCGGAAAGGGACAUUAUUAGUGAAGAAAAUUAACGCUUGUUAAACUCCAUGAUUACACACGGUUACUAUGUCAAAGUAUGUAGACAAAGUCUAUAUCAAAGACUAUUGCGAUCUUUUUGAUAUACAUGUGUGUCUUAGCUGAAAAAAAAACGUAGUCGUAAAUUGCCAAUGGCGAUAAGCUUUCACAGUUAAAAUUAUGUAAUAGUAGCACUGUCAUUCCUUUGAAGAAAUAAUGUUGCAUUUUAUAAAAAAAACCAAAAACCCAGCGCAUUUGUUUUGUUACUUUUUGCUUAAAUGUCUUGUAUUAAUAUCAGUUCUCUGUAAAUACGGAAAGGUGGUUUGAGCUGAAACACCAAUAUUCUUCACAUUUGAUAGAUUUGAUGAUUCACUUUGGUAAAAAAAUAAAAGCAU